AUGGCGGACGAUGAAAAUGAUCAUAUGUUUGCUGAGCCAUUUAAUGAUGAAUUUGGUGAUGAAUUAGGAGAUGAUGAAUUAGGAGAAGAAUACGAAGAAGGAGAUGCAGCAGCAGCAGAUGCAGCAGCAGCAGAUAUAGAUGUUGUUAUUGAUCCAAAUGAUCCAAGAUUACAGCGUCCUGAUGCUCGACCUAGUGAAGGUCCACGUAUAACAAGUCCAUAUAUGACAAAAUUUGAGAAGGCAAGAAUAAUUGGAACAAGAGCAUUACAAAUAAGUAUGAAUGCUCCAUUAACAAUUCCUCUUGAUGGAGAAACAGAUCCUCUUAUUAUUGCUGAAAAAGAAUUACAUCAAAAAACUAUUCCUUUUAUUCUUAGAAGAUAUUUACCUGAUGGCAGUUUUGAAGAUUGGAAAAUACAAGAAUUAGUCAUCGAAUAA